CGGUCGUGAAUCAGUCCGGUUCGCGGCGGCGCGGAGGUGCGUUGCGUGGCGACUCUGCGGGCCCAUCCAGUGAUACGAUACAAUUCUUUGUUUACUUUCGUUACGUUACGAUACGGGCUCGCAGUUACUUUAGUUUGUUUCUAGCAAAAAAAAUGCUCAGCAGUGGGAGCCGAGUGGGUUACUGUAUAGAAAGUGUACGUGACGCGGGGGCGAGGGGGCGGUAGUAAGAGUGAAGAUAACAUGGAGUGGCUGAAGGCGCUGCGCGGGAGUCGUGUACGCGACGAGCGUGAUCUAUACCGCGUUGUUCAGGCCCGAAAGUUGGCUGCAGACGGAGGAGCCGCAGCGGUGGUGAUGGAAGCAAUGGACGAGGUGGAGAAUGGCGCUGCAGAGACGGCACUGACGCAACAGCCGUCGAUCGAGGAUGCACGCUCGAGACGCGAACGCUGGCGCAGCGUCUACAUCAUCUACUUCACCAUGUUCCAGAUGUCGCUGGGAUUCAGCAUUGUGCUCACCGGCGUCUGGCCCUAUCUCGAUAAGCUGGAGCCAGGUUCGUCGAAGGAAGUCUUGGGGCUGGCGGUGGGAGCAAACCCUCUGGGGCAGCUGGUGUUCUCGCCGGUGUUCGGAUGGUGGGCCAACCGGGCCGGAUCUGUGCGUGCGCCGCUGCUGGCCUCGCUUGUGCUGUUCGUGCUCGCCAGCGCACUCUAUGCACAGUUGCACCUCACGCGUCCCUACGCCAGCUACUGUAUGGUCUUUGCGCGGUUUCUCGUCGGUGUGAGUUCAGCGAACAUAGCGGUGGCGCGGUCGUACCUGUCAGCGGCGACGAUGGUGCGCGAGCGCACGCGCGCCGUGGCGGUGGUGUCGCUGGCGCAGGUGCUGGGCUUCGUGGUGGGGCCGGCGCUGCAGGCGGCCGCGGCGCCGCUGGGCGGCGGCGAGCCGUACGCGCCGCCCGGCGCCGGGGAGCGCCCGGUGCGCCUCGACAUGUACACGGCCGCCGGCUGGAUCAACGCGCUGCUUGGCCUCGUCAACUUCGCGCUCUUUCUGCCUUGCUGUUUCAAGGAGCGGCGUGUGGCCGCGAGAGAGGCCAUGCUCGUCCACGGGAAACAAUCGGAAAAAGAAGCGCUCAAGGAGUUGAAACCUGACUACGUGAGCAGUUGGACGCUGAUUGCGGCGUUUUUCGUACUGGUAUUCAACUUCGUGCUGCUGGAGACGCUGGCCACUUCGCUCACCAUGGACCAGUUCGCAUGGAGUAAGAAGCAGGCACUAGAGUACAUGGGUCUCCUUAUGAGCGCCGGAGCCGUCGUUGCUUGUGUCACCUUUGCUCUUAUCGGACCGCUCACCAGAAUAUUCGAGGAGAGGGCUUUGCUGUUGUGGGGCGGGUUCUUGCUGACAGGGCUGGCAUCUAUAUGGUGCGUACCCUGGGGCCCGGGGCCGCCGCCGUUGGCACCCCCGAACGCGGCCGAAGCGGGCGGCGGCUGCCCGCAGGAGGCCCAGCCGUGGUGUGCCACUUCGCGCGCUCUCACGCUGCCGCAAUUCCUACUGGGCUACGCGUGCGUCUCUGUCGGAUACCCGCUCGGCGUCACACUCAUACAGACCAUCUUCUCCAAGGUGCUAGGCCCGAGGCCGCAGGGCGUGUGGCAGGGGCUGCUCACGGGCGCGGGGUGUCUAGCCCGCGCGCUGGGCCCCUUGUUUGUGGCGGCGGUGUACGCGAGGCGCGGACCCGACGCCACUUUCGGCGUCACCGCGGGGCUGACGCUGGCCGCGUUGAUGGCGCUGCGGCUGGUGUAUUCGCGCCUGCGCCCCCCCGCCGCACCCGCCGCACCCGCCGCACCUGAGGCGCGCGAGCUGCAGCCGCUCGGCGCUGACGCGUGACCAACGCCGGCCGUAUGCCGCGCGCCGGUGACACCUCCAAAAGAUUAAAUCGUUGAAUUGUUGAUAAUUAUUUAUUAAGACAUGAACGUGUUAAUAAGAGCCAAUGCACAGGGCAUAUUUUAAACGCGCCGACGAUGCGCGUUUUACGAACGCGCCUUUACAGCGCCGUGAACGUGAGUCGUCUGCGAGUAUUCGCGCCGCAGACGCACUGUAGUGAAUUGAUGAAAACACGCGCAAAUAUCGUGUUGCAAGCAAGUAGCUUUUAUAUACUCCACUGUAGUUUACACUUAGAAUUUCAUGUAGUUACUUCAUUUCAAAAACUAACUGAAAUUAACAAACAAAUCUCAUAACAUCUAUCUCUUAUCAAAAUGCACGAUACAUGCGCGCGGCUGCAGCGCUCGUAUAUGCGGAAAUACGCCGUGUGCAUGGGCUCUUAGGUUCUUCAAUUCCAUCGAUAAACGAAGUUUCCGUAUUUUUGAGUUGCUGAGUCCCGAUUGGAUUGCUGAUAAAUAGUUAAACGCGCCACUCAUAAAAUUGUUAAUCCGAGCGGGUAAGCACCCAUGUUGUACCUGCAUAUGUUACAUAGGUAGUUUCUAAAAUUGUAUAUAACAAGAGGCACGUACCUAUACCUACUAUUAUGCUUAGUACUAUAUUAGUACUUAGUAUUAUACGUACCUACAUAUAUGUAGUUACUGAGUGGUUAAGUAGGUAAUAUGAUUGUUAAUCAGUCGAUAGAUUCGUACUGGAGACGUCACGUGAUAGUGAUACGCAUCAGGAAUAUAAGACUGAUAGGCUACUUUGCCAUAUUUUCGUUGUACAUAAAGUACUUUAAUGUUCUCGUACUAUUGUAUAGACAACAUUUUUGUUUUACUUAAGUACAUACAACAUAUUAUUUGUGCGUAUUUUUGAUAAUGUAAUUCGGUGACGAGGGAAACAGCAAAAUAAAAGCAGCGGACGCGGUGACAAUUUAUCGCCCGCUCAAUCUUGAACUAGAGAGUAAAAAGUAACACUAUCAUGAUAUCAAGUAACACUAUAAAAUGUUUUAUAUCAGAUAUUUGGGAUCCGUUCAUUAUGCCCCUGGUUGCUUUUGCUCCCGUUUUGUUUGCACCCGAUUCAUUAGUAUAAAUCUAAUUCAAAGCAAUUUUAAUUAAAUGUAUUAGUAUGCACAAAAGUGCUUUUCCUAAAAUAAUAAAAUUUUGAUAGGUGUGUAAUAUUAUUAGCAGAAAAAGUCGUUCUAUAUAUGUUCGAUCUUUGUAUUAACAAUCAGAAUAAACAAAAUAAUCAAUAAUUGGUAGGUACGUGUAAUUGUAAUUUAUCAUUUUAUUAUUAUUUAUUUAUUAUAUGGACAACAAAACAGAUAACAAUGAAAUCACAUUUGUAAGAGUUAAAUAUAACAUAAGUUCUGUACUAGAUUGUAACCCUACUUAUGUUGACAGAUCAUUAUAAAGUAACAAGAAAGAUCUACUCUUCACAAUUUGCUAGUAAUAAUUUACUUACUUAUUAAUAUUCCUGAUCAAUGCAAGGGUCAGUGGAGAAGAAAUCUAGUCUUGUCGACAGUCCAUGGUUAGUCGUUUGAAUUUGACAUUUAAGGCAGAUUCCGAUUGGGGCGAUACCAAUCUUGUCAAAUGUAACCUCAGAAUAUUUAUUUUGUGAUCUGAGAAUGUAAUGCUAUCAAAACGCAGGCGUGUCUAUUCUCCACAGAAACGGAGUCAAUUUGACCUGGCUCCGACUUUUUGUGAUAUCUCCAUACCGAAAACCGACAGCCUCUACUUGGAAUGGUACCUGUCGUCUAAUUUAUACUUCGGCAGUUGCAUCGAAUCCAUGACCCUUUUUUGGUCAUGGAUUCAAUGCAACUGCCUGCCAUGAAGCUUGGCGUCCUCUCCAGGGUGAGGCGUUACUUCACACCGCGAUAGUUGCUUCAACUGUACCAAGCACAAGUCCGGUCAUACAUGGAGUACUUCAGCCACCUAUGGAAUGGCUAUCUUACAUACGAGUAGGUACCAAUUGGCCACUUUGGAUUCAAUCGACAAGCGCAAGUCAAGAGGCGUUUAAGUGACACAGAUUUAGUAGAGGUGAAGCUGCAUAGACUUGAACACCGUCUUAAAGUUACCUUACUUUACGGUGUUUCGCCUCGUCGCUAUUCGAGAUGGGAAUGCGGGUACGCAACCGCACACUAGCUGUUGUGGGUAUAUUCCAAAGAUUCGCACGAAGCGUUUCGCUUCCACAUUUAUAUUUAUAUGGAUGGAGGUCAAAUGCGCACUUAUUUACUUAUAUAAAACUCACUAAUUUAUUAAAUACAAAAACGAAAUGGGUUUGGGUGAAUACAUAUGGACGUGUUGGGCGAGUUACUAGUCCUUUAAAUAUUCUGAAUCUUGAGUGAAAAAUAUUCAAAUCGGAGCUUUUCAUAGAUAUCUAGUCGUAAAGUCGACACAUUCCUGUCAGGGGAUUUUAUAAGGAAAUGUUAUUCUUAUACGUUCGCAGGGUAAAUGUCUUGUUAAAUAUUUGGGAAUUACGCCUUGUGCAGAUGUCUAUUUUACUUAAAAGGUAAGAAGAGUCAAUUUCGCCAUGAAUAAUCUUAUUGAAUUACAUAUUUUGUCAAUUAUAUGUAUAUGUCAAUUAUAUAUUUUAUCGCACUUAAUACUUAAAAAUAAUUUUAUACGAUAAUAAACACGAAAUAUUUUUUUAUGAUACCAAGCCGCGCGACGAACUAGUCGUGCGCCUGGUGGUAAGUGACACGCCUGUCGACAACAGUGGUAGUGCCACUCAGACUUUCAAUUACAAAGAACAACGGGCGUAAUGACGCCCGUCACCCUGAGACAUAAGUUGACAUGUCCCAUGUGCCUGUAAUUUCACCAGCACUUACCCUUCAAAACCGACAUGCAGCAAUGCUCACAUUACUGCUUGGCGCCAGGAAUACGUAAGGUGGCAGUACUUUCCUGUAUGAACUCUUUUCACAAGGAGCUCUGCUGUCACUGCUACUAAGCUACUAUGUAUUAAUGGUACUUACACGUACCUGUACAUGAAUAAUUCGCAUUUUAUUUUAUGUAGGUAUUAUUUUGUCGUCUUACCAAUUCGAGCUUUUUGACAACCAAUAAUUAAGAAAUAAGUGCAUCAUACGUACAUACUUAAAUUAAUAAGUUCUUAAACAUUUAAGUUGUCAACAGUAUUUAAUGCAAGCAAACUCGUAUCUGACAAUAAAUAUAAUAAUAACAUAAUAACGCACACACUCAACAUAGCCCCGCACUAGGGAAACCCUGUGUCGCGGGUGCCAUGGACACACACAUAGACAACCACAAAUUACACCCAAACU